UAUCUAAUUGAGUCACACCUAAGACAAUUAUUUAACACACGCAAUAUUCUCUCUCCGUACAGUAAACCUUUGGCACCCUCAAACGGUAACUUUAGAGCGUCACCUUCACGCUCCGCCCCAUGGCGCCGUCGGACGGAGCCGUACCGAUGCGUACUACCUAUCAAACUGAAUCUCCUACUAUGGCUAACCCGACUGUUGAAGGAAUUGCAAAUAUUCCAACAUAUGCUACCACAAUCACCACUGCUACACCUCCUCCUACCACUACAAUCUGCCAUCCCAGAGAAUCAGUCAUUGCUAGGCAUACCACUCACAAUGGAAUGCCUGCAAUGAUCUUCAAAUCCAAGGAUUACUACGGAAUAAUGGCUGAAGAAUGUAGACUCACUAUUGUUGGAAGAUUUUUGAAACCAAGGCCCCAAAUUGAAAAAAUUAGGUCUACAUUCAGAGAGCGUUUUCCGGUUAAGGGCAGAGCUAAAAUCGGAGUAUAUGACAACUAUAAUGUCUUCUUGGAUUUCACAAACGAGGAUGAUUUCAACUCAGUAUGGUACAGAAGAGUCGUAGAAAUCGACGGACUUCAGAUGUGGCUACAAAAGUGGACGCCAGAUUUCAGACCAGAUGAAGAUAUUCCAAUUGUUCCGGUAUGGGUUUUACUUCCUGGCCUCCCAUUCAAUAUGCACACUUGGCAUUAUGCCAAACAAAUUUGCAGUGAGGUUGGUACUCUACUAGCUCUAGAUGUUGUGACAGGGGGUAAAACUAGGCCAAGUAUGGCCAAAGUUAGGGUGAAAAUUGAUCUGCUCAAACCUAUUAUAGACAGUGUAUUUGUGGGAUCAGAGGAUGAGAACGCACCGCUGAAAGGAUUUACUCAAAAAAUCGAAUAUGAGAACAUCCCUAAAUAUUGUAAGCAGUGUAAAAAGCUUGGGCAUAACCUAAUGAAUUGCAGAAUCCUUGAAAAGAAAAGAGCUUUAGAAGCAGAGAAAAACAAUCAAGAUGAUAACUAUAUACAACUGGAAGAAUGGAUCAGUGGAGUACAAAAAGAGAAGAAUGAAGAAAGAGGGGAAAACAAAAGAAAUCUUGAAUUAUCUACAAAAGAGAACAGCAAAGAACAGGAUGAGCAGACACAAAAUACAAUCAAGGGCAAGUCUUUGGGUGGGGAAGCAAAUAUAGAAGAAAGAACUGCCCAAACAAUCCGAAUGGGUACACAACAUACUUUGGAGACUAAACAAGAUCAUGAUAUUUUUUUGACUAAGGAAAAUGAUAUUGUAUCCAUAGCAGUAAGAACUGGAAAGAAAAAGAAGAAAAGGAAGAACCAAAAGAAAAUGCCAAAGAAGAAAGGUAAGGUGGUUUUCAAACCAGUUCUUUCGGGCAAUAAAUCGAACUCCACUUCCAGGACUUCUACAAAUCAAAACCAGAUCUAUACAGCUGAAAAUAUGACCAAAAACAACAGCAAUAUGGAAGAAAAGCAGGAUACCAAUAAUAACAGUAUGGGAGCUAAGCAAUAUACAAAUAUGCAUAGCAACCAACUUGUUGCAAUGGUACAAGAGAGUUCAUUAAAUGAACAUAUGCAUGGCAAUAGGUUGCAGUCAACAGAAUCAGAGAAGGAGGAGAAUUCUGUUAAUAAUGAGCUACCAGAUAUAAAUGCAGAGAAACAAGAGAUAGCCACAGAACAGAUAUUGGAAGAAAAGAGAGAUCAAAACAAAAAUCUCGACAUGGCAUCCAAAGAAAAAAUAACUACUAAAGGAAAUGAUGCUGCUAUUGAAUCUAGUUCUUGUUCCACAUGUCUACCAAUAAAUAUCAUUGAGCAUCCUGGUAAAGAAUUAAUGGUAGAGUUGUAUGCAGAUCAGAGACAAACAUCCUAUAACAACACUGAAAGAACUAUUGAUCAUCCGAUACAAGAUCCCUCACUACAUCAAAGUCUUGAAGGACUCAAUCAGAGAGAAGAUAGCAGACAAGACAAAAGUAUUACAGAAGAAGAAGAAUAUAUACUAGAAGGGAGGGGAAGAAGCAGAUCCAGAAACUCCAAUAGAAGAAACAAAAGCAGAACCACAUCCUCUGUAAAGAGGGCACAAAAGAAUGAUACUUCCCUCCAAAGACUCCAUGAUUAAUAUAAUCUUUUGGAAUAUUAGGGGGGUAAGGUCAAAAAAGGCCAUACAUAGGCUAAAACAACUUAUCGACAUCAAUAACACUCUCUUUACUGCAAUCAUGGAACCUAUGGUUGACAAGGAUAAAAUUGAGGGGUACAGAAAAUUUUUGGGUUAUCAGGAAUGCAUUUCUAAUGACAACGGAAAGAUUUGGUGCUUCUGGAAGAAUAUCAGUCAAAUUUCUAUUAUUAACAAUGAGGAUCAACAGAUCUCCAUCAAAAUUGAUGAUGGAUCGACCAACCACCCUAUAGUUAUCACUGCAGUUUAUGCUAAGUGCAGUAAUAUAGAGAGAAGAAAACUGUGGAGCAGCCUGAAGAACAUCAAUUUGUCUAUAAAUGGACCGUGGUGCAUUGGAGGUGACUUUAAUGUUAUCCUGGAGCCUGAAGAAAAAUUAGGUGGCAAUCCUCAUAGGAUGCACAGGAGUUUAGAAUUCCAGAAUAGCAUGAAUAAUUGCGGAACUACUGACAUCGGUUAUACAGGUCCAAAGUUUACUUGGUGCAACAACAGGAGACCUCGAAAAAGAAUUUGGAAAAGGCUUGAUAGAGUUUUAAUUAAUGAUAAGUGGUCUCAAAAAUUUCAAAACACUACCGUCAGACAUUUAGUGCGGACUGUAUCAGAUCAUAGGCCGUUACUCAUGAAUUCCUUUGACUCUAAUAAUACUCACAUUAAGUAUUUCAAAUUCCUUAACUUUUGGACUUUACAGGAGGGAUUCCACAAUCCUGUUAAGGAAGUUUGGCAUACUAAUAUUACUGGCAAUAGCAUGUGGAGACUUCAGUCUAAAUUAAAGCUCCUUAGCAGAACGCUAUCUCAAUGGUCUAGAGAGGAUAUUGGCGACAUUCAUGAACAAGUUCUGAAAUGGGAGGAAAAAAUUCAGAGCCUUGAAGAACAUGAGAUUACCACCAAUACUGAGACAGCUCGGGAAGAAACCAAUAAGGCACAUGCGGAAUAUAUUAGAUGGCUGAAUAUGCAAGAUUCCCUACUAAUCCAAAAAACAAAUAUCAAAGGGUUUAAGGAAGGAGACAGAAACACCAGAUAUUUUCAUAGUAUGAUCAGAGAAAAAAGAAGAAAGCUUCAGCUAAACAAGAUCAAAAAAUCAUAAAGGCAAAUGGAUACAGGGAGACGAUAAAAUAGCUAAAGUUGCUAUUAAGCAUUUCAAUUCCAUAUUCAACCUUCCUGUAGCUAACUUGGAUCCUACUUUACUGAAUUGUAUCUCUAAAAGGAUCACAGAAGAAGAAAGCGACAACCUUAAUAAAGAACCAAGUGAAGAAGAAAUUAGACAUGCAGUUUUUAGCUUGUCUGCUUCUAGUGCAGCUGGUCCAGAUGGCUACAAUGGCACAUUCUUCCAUAACUGCUGGGACAUCAUUGAAGAGGUUAUCAACGCUUUGUCUGGGAUUUCUUCAAAGGUACUCCUCUUACUAAAUUUUACACACAUACUUGCCUUGUCCUUAUUCCUAAGAUAGAUGGCCCCUCUUCCUUUAAUGAUUUCAGGCCUAUAAGUCUUUCUAAUUUUACUAAUAAGAUUAUUUCUAAGAUCUUCUCUAAUAGACUUAACCCUCUAUUGACCACUCUUAUUUCCACAAAUCAAAGUGGCUUUGCUAAAGAAAGACUCAUUUCUGAAAAUGUUCUAUUAGCACAAGAAAUUGUUCAAUCUAUCUCACAUACGAAUAAAGGGGGCAAUAUUGUUUUGAAGUUGGAUAUGGAUAAAGCCUAUGAUAGGAUGUCUUGGACCUUUGUUACUUCUGUUCUUAGGAAAUUUGGUUUCUUUUAAUUCUGGAUUUACAUGAUUAUGAGUCUUUUAUCUGGAAUUUGGUAUUCUAUUAUUAUUAAUGGUAAUAGAAAAGGCUUCUUUACAUCCAAUCAAGGUUUAAAACAAGGUGAUCCUUUAUCCCCUUCCCUCUUCAUUUUAGCUGCUGAAGUUCUUACUUGUUCUCUGAAUAAUCUUCUUUUACACGACAAUUUCAUCCCCUUUUCUAUGCCUAAGGGAGGUCUCCAAAUCAACCAUCUUGCAUAUGCUGAUGAUAUUGUUAUAUUCACCAGUGGUAAUAAUGCUUCUAUUAACCUUAUCAUGAAGACCAUUAAGAACUAUGAGAAUAGCUCUGGUCAGAAGGUUAACACUGACAAAAGUUUCUUUUUAACUGCACCUCAAACUUGUGCUACUAGAAUCAGUAGAAUCAGGAAUGCUACAGGCUACAUGGAUAAGAAUUUUCCUUUUACAUACCUAGGAUGUCCAAUCUGUACAGGGAGAAAGAGGAUUGUUUACUUUGAUUGCUUGGUUAAUAAAAUAAUUAAGAAGCUUAAUGGGUGGCAUGGUAAAAUACUUUCAUAUGGAGGUAGACUUAUUCUUAUUAAAUAUGUUCUACAAUCUCUCCCUAUAUAUACUCUAUCUGCUAUGUCCCCUCGCAAGAGCACGUUUAACUUGAUUGAAAAGUAUUUUGCUAACUUUUUCUGGGGCUAUUCUGGGGAACAUAAGAAUUAUCAUUGGAGAUCUUGGAAAAAAUUAUGCUUCCCCUUGGAGGAAGGAGGCAUUGGAGUGAAAAGAAUGGAUGUCUUUGAUAAUAUUCUAGCUACAAAAAGGUGGUGGAGGUUCAGGACCAUCCCUUCUUUGUGGGCUACUUUCAUGAGACAUAAAUAUUGCCCAAGAUCUCACCCCGUGAGUAAAAAGAAUGCUUCUGGUGACUCUCAUGCUUGGCAGAAGAUGAGAAAGGUUAGAGAUAAAGCUGAACCUCACAUCUUCUGGAUUAUCAGUUCGGGAAAUUCUAGUAUGUGGUGGGACAAUUGGACUGGUAAGGGCCCUUUGGCAUCCUUGUUACCAGAUAUCAACAACAGUCCUAAAGUGCUAGUCAAGGAGUUCAUUCAACAUGGAAACUGGAAUAUGCAUAAACUUAGAGGCUCCUUCCCAGAGGACAUUGUUCAAAUCCUUAUAAAUGUCAACAUUGGAAAGCAAGACAUCCCUGAUCAAGCCAUAUGGGAACUCACAGAGAAUGGAAAGUAUUCCAAUAAAACUGUUCUAAACAUCUUCAGAGAUGUCAAGCCUAAAGAUCAAUUCUUAAGCAAGAUUCCCAUUAGAGGGUGGUUUAACCACUGGUGGCAGCAAAGGAGCAAAAAUGUCAUACACAAACAAGUUCUACAAAUUACUCCUAUCAUAGUAUGUUGGGAGAUUGGAAAAAUAGGUGCUCAUGUAAAUAUGAUGAUCAAAAUAGAUUCAAUUUCUACAAGAUGAAGCAACAGAUAAUAUAGAACAUACAAGCUGCAGUUCAUAGAACCUUCCCUAGGUGCAAACUGACUUUGCCUUGGAUCAAAUAGUGUGAUGAUAUGAUAAGAUUACAACUAGUUCCUGAAGCUAUUAUUGUAGCUUGGAGGAAACCUCUCCUAGGAUCCUUCAAACUCAACACCGACGGUAGCUAUAUACAUGAGAAUGGGAAAGCAGGUCUUGGUGGUACUAUGAGAAAUGAUGAGGGAGAUUUCAUUAUGGCAUUCUCAGUCCAAGCCAAAUGCAGUAGCAAUAAUGAUGCGGAAACCCAAGAUGCUUUAUUUGGGAUCAAAUGGUGCAUACAAAAUGGUUACUCUAACUUCAAUAUAGAGUUGGAUUCCCCCCUGGUGACAAACAUGGACUCCCUCCUGGUGACAAACAUUUUAAAAGAAGGAAAUACGGACAACUACAAAAUGAAGCGGAUCAUCGAGAAUAUUACACAGUAUAUGAACCAAGCCAAAAUCACUCCUAUGCAAUGCUAUAGGGAAGCAAAUCAAGUGGCUGACUGCCUUGCUAAAUUAGCCACAACCACCUCUAGCAGUAACAUAUAUCUUUCCUUCCAACAACUUCCUAGAGGUGACAAAGGCCCUUUCAUAAUGGAUAAAUUGCAGAUGCCUAGCAUUAGGACAAAGUAUGAUAAAGCAAUUUUUUUUGUAAGCUAACCAAGUUGUGAUAGUAUCACACAGAGGUGAAGUGUAUGUAAUCACGCUUCUGUGUUUUUUGGUAAGGAUAUAUAUAUCCUUGUGUUGUAAUCGUUGGAGGUAAGGCUAUCCCCCUCCUAUUUUUGAAGAUAAAUACAACACCCCCAGUGAACCCUGGGAAAUUAUAUUAAAAAAAAA